GCGGGAGCGUUUUAGUUGGUUUUUUAAUACAUAACGUACAGCUGACGCCGUGGUAGUAAAAUUACUAACCGCCGCCGAAUCGCACAAGCCGCCGCAGCCGCCGCCGCGUAACAUCGCAGCCGUGUUUUAUGUGUGUGUGUAAGUGUGUGCAAGUGAGUGUGCGAGUGCCGCCCACCGUGUAGUGUGCGCUGUUCGGGGGGUUGUAGUUAAUAAAGCACAAGACGCGCGUGGCUCGCGAGUGUGUGUGCCAGUGAACUAGUUGCACAACAGGAAUCUCCCCCCAAUUCAGUUCUCCAGAUUGGUAUUCGUUUCGUGUUAUGCCAAAGUGGUUUUACACUAUAAUAUUAUAGAAAAUUGAUCAAAGAAGAUGGCAACAGUUGAAUUAGCACCAGUAACAGAAAAAAUAAUAGAAAAAUUACCGGAGAAGACCGUAGAAGUAAAAGAAUCGUUGACUAGCGACGUCAAAGAAAUCUCCAAAGAGAACAAAGUGUUACCUACCAAAGCAAUAGACAUAAUCGCCAAAUCAUUAGACUUGAAACGGGCCAGUGUGUCGUCUAUAGACAGCGACAUAUCACUGUCGUACGACGCGGCUCCCUUUUACCCGCGGUCCCUCAAGCAAAACAUGUCUUCGCCUAACAAUUCCAGCGGAUCCAGUACGGACGAUGGUGGUCCCCAACAGCGUAGUGCUUCGACAACUAACGGUGGCCACAUCGGCCACACCGACUCGUCAGAUUCUGCUUACGAAGGAGGGCCAGUCAAGUCUGGAGACGAAGACAAGCCAUUUAUACCACCCGAUGAGGAAACCACCAAGCGCAUUCUUGAUCAGGUCGAGUUUUACUUUUCAGAUUCGAAUAUUGUCAAGGACGCUUUUCUUCUUAAACACGUGCGCCGAAACAAGGAAGGAUACGUUUCGCUCAAGCUUAUUUCAUCGUUCAAGCGCGUCAAGCAUUUAGCAAAAGAUUGGAGAGCAGUAGCUCACGCUAUAUCUCGGUCUGAAAAACUCGAAAUAAACGAAUCUGGCACAAAAUUACGUCGCAAGGAACCAUUGCCUUCUUACGACCAAACGACUCCGUCACGUACCGUAGUAGCUAUAAAUUUACCCGAGGAAAAGCCAGUGACCAUCGAGUCCGUUGCCGAACUAUUCAGAAAUUGCGGAGAAAUAGCUUUAAUUCGAGUUCUCCGUCCGGGUAACCCUAUACCAUCGGACGUCCGUCAUUUCGUCAACAAGCACCCGGAAACUAGCACCAACGUGAGCGCAUUGAUCGAGUUUGUGCGUACCGAAUCGGCACACAAUGCUAUCAGCAAAGACUGGAGCGUAGAAAAGGCCAAAGACGGACAAACCAUGACAGUGAUAGAGUUGAACGCUCCAGCGUCCAAAAAGAAGGCCUCCGCAGCAGCCAAGAAAUCGCCAAUGAAUCGUUUGUUUGAUAUGGAAUAUUCGUCAUCAUGCCAAAGCGGUUCGGAAGCCGAGGAUCUGCGUUCCAAGUUGCGCAUGCAACGCAAAGUUUCGCCUAACACAUUGAUGCGAUCCGAUCCGAAUUGGACCCAGCGACGUUGGUCCCGGGACUCAGGAACAGAUAGUUCCGCAUCUGGUUACUCGCGUCGUGAUUCAUACAUACCGCCGGCUACACAACAACAUCAAAUGCCACUAACCGAUUACAGUCACAGACGUAUGUCUACUGGUUGGGAUUCGAGUUCGGAUAGUUACUACUCGGGACGGUCACGCUCCGGUAGCGGCGCAUCCAUACCAGAAACAUUCGGUAUGCGUCGGUUCUCGUUAGCUAAUCGCCCGGAACAGCAACAACAGUCUUGCUGCUGCAGCUGCGGUCACGCACAACAACAGCAACCGCAGCCAAUGGUCAUGCGCAGACACUCUGCGCAAGAAAAUCAUCAUUAUGAUUUGGGUAGACGAUGCAGUAGCAGUAGCAGUAGCAGCGCUGGUGAUUUUAUGAUACGUAAGGAUUCAACAUCGGACUUUUGUUGUGGCUCGCCAGCUGGUGGAUUCCACCAAAAUUGGUCACGCAAAAGCAGUUCUUCUUCGAUGGGUGAUAGACGCAUGUCUAUCGAUUCAUCCGAUUCAUCUGGACGGGGAAGCCGUAGGCAAAGUCUGGUAGCUCCAGACAACGUGGUUAGGAUGCCCAAAGGCCCAGACGGUUGUGGAAGUCGAGGAUUUCAACGCGAACCUCUUGUCGACACUACCCUCUAUGAAUAAAACAAACAGUUUCGCUGAACAAUUAUUAUUGCUAAUGUUAAAAAAAAAAAAAAAAAACCAAUUUUAAAUCAUUUUAAACAA